GUCCGAUCGGACACCAUUGUAUGGAUCUCUUCAGUCUCGAUUCCGUCUACGCAAUGUGGCUGGUUGAGCUCGAGAACCGGCAAAAUUGGCUCACAAAACUGCAACAACCUGAUGCCAUUCGUCUGUGAGAAAGGAACUCAGCCCUAUAUCGAACCGGUCAUGUGGCGUGCGGGCAUCGUGGUGGCGGUUGUGUUGGUCGCAAUUUUGGUGGCGAUCCUCUUCCUGCUCGCUUUGUGUUGGUGCAUCAAGUCCCGAAAGAGGAACGAGGACAGCAUCGAGCGAAAGAACAUCAUCAGAGCCAGCAUCAAACUGCAGAGGAAAGCAUCGGCUCCUCAUCGAAAGCAGCUUCCUUCCCAUCAGUCAGCAAAGGCCACUCUUAGCUCAUCGACCAUCAACGCGUACGGGGACCCGUUCAUCGCAGACAGUACUCGUUCGCCCACUGAAACUGUUCGAACGGAGUGCUCGGAUAGCUUAUCCACUGAUCGCACAUAUGAUCGUCUGAACUCUACCGAUACUUCCAGCUCCAAUAUUACAGAGACGAGCAUUACACUUCCUACUCGAAGUCGAAACCCUCUACUACGGAUGUUUCAUCUGAAGACUAAGGUAUCGAAUCCGAACCCCUACGAGGAAAUUCCCACGAUGAAUACCUUCCAGCCUCCACCGCGUGAUGCUGUACAUUUGCGAGACCGGCGCAGCGACACGUCGUGCUCGUCCACCGUCACCGGCCCAUGUUCCACAUGUCCUACGGAGUCAGAGCGAGACUCUACGUUGACAGACGGCUCAUGGAGCGAACAGUCGUCAACGGUCUCGGAAAGCACUGUACAGAACCGGCGUCUCCUGCCACCGAAGCCGGAACCACCACGUCGAUACGAGCCACAAGCACCACGUCUGGCGCCGAGUCGCUCGAAUCCCAAUCUGCAGAGCUUCUCCGCCAACAACCGACCGGAACAGUACCGACCGGUGCCUGUUCCGACGCCGUCCACUCCCUUGCAGAACCUGCGAGCUGCUCCUCAACGGUCUUUGGUAGAUCUCCACAACCCCCUCACGGACCAGUACAGAAGACCUAUUCCCAAUAACGGAUUCAGGACCACAAAACCCGUGAUAGAAACUGCUAUG